CGAUUGCGGAAGUGAUUCUUAGCUUUAGCUUAGUAUCUCUGAACCAACAAGAAUAAAAUGUGUCCGUGCUAAAUGUCUUCAAAACUGACUGUAAUCUCAGAUAGAGACUGAAGUGCUCAUUGUACCCGCUGUCUCCCUCCGUGACACAGAACUGAGGCGAAGCGGAACAGCCGACUGAGAUGGAGGAUCCUGGUGGUGCUGCAGCUGAGGCUGGGACUCCAUCCCAAUCAGGGACCCCCAAGUCAAAGCUGGACACAUUGUCCAAAGAUGACCUCAUCAAAUAUGCCAAAAAACAGAUAGCCGCCAUGCAAAAGAUGAAGACCAAAUGUGCAGAUUUGGAAAAAGAAGUUGAAUCCCUCAGGCAACAAUCCAAGAAUACUGAUAAAAGUUCAGAGGAUGCCUUGUUGAUACAGGAGCUGACUGAAAGAAUGGAUGUUUUACUCUUGGAGAAAGCUGAAAUCCAGCAAAGUCUUACACUCUCACGUAAAGAGCUAGAGAAGACUAAACAGCAAGCCAAGGAGGAUCUUGCAAUGCAGCAGAGCAAACAUCAAGGUGUUCUGGAAGACCACCUAGGAAAGAUCAAAACUCUAGAAUGCAGCAUUGAGGAAUCCAGACACAAACACCUGAAAGAAGUAACUAAUUUCCAGAAGUUACUCCAAGAGCGAGAGGAACGAGACAGAGAAAGGGAGAAUGAAAGAGAGAGGGAGCGCAAAGCAGAAUAUGCAAGUGCUGAAGAGAAAGCAGAAGAAGUCAAACGUUCCUUCGAAUCUCAACUGGAAGCCCUUCGAGAUGAAAUGAAGGCGAUCCAAGACAGACAGUCUGAGGAGAUGGCUCAGUUGGAGGAGAACUACCAAAAGGAGUUGACAAAGGCCCAGCAGGAGGUGGAGAAUCUGAAGGAGGACCUCGCUCAGAAGACUCUUCAGCAUGAAGAGGAAAUCAGAGCUUUGGAGGAGGAUUGUGAGAUCGAGAGGGAUCGUCUCCUUUUGCUCACAGAGGAGCUGACUGAGCAGCUUGCUUUAAAAGACAGCCACCUGCAAGAUGUUCAGGAGGAAGAUGAGAAUCCCAACCGUAGUUCUGGGAUCGCCAAAAUGCUGGAGCUGUCUGGCUGCAAACCGGCUGAAGCUCAGAGUGAUGGAGCAGAGAGCGACUCAAGCAGGCUGAGGCUGGCGCUGGAUGAUCUUCAGUCUCAGAACACCAUGCUGCAGGACGAGCUCACACUGCUCCGUAAUGUGAAGGGGGAGCUGGAGGCAGAGCUGGAGAAGUUCAAAGAGGAGUUCCAGCUGGAAAAAGAGGAGCUUGAGUUUAAAAUCGAUGAGCUCCAAAUGAUUAGAGAUAGUCCUUCCACUGAGGUUUUGGUGAAGCUUGAACCUGAGCAACCUGAAGUUCAAGCAGAACUAAAAAACACAUUUAGCACAUCAGCCGGUGACCAGGAGUCCCUGAAUGAGGUGCUGAGAAGCAGAUGUGAGGCUUUAACUAGAGAAAGAGACUCUGCCUUAGCGGAGUGCCAGAACAUGAGAGACAUACUUCAGAAUGUGGAGACAGAGCUGGGACAGAAGACCAAAGACUUUGUUCAACAGUACAUCGCCAUGAAAGAAAAGGGAGCCAACACGGUGCAAGAACUUCAGGAGAGGAUCGAGCAGCUGAAUCAACAGAGAGAUGAGCUACUGAUGAGGUUGACUGAUGUCACAGAGGAGAAAAACAUGCUGAAGAAUAUGGAGGACCUUCAGCAAAAACUAGAGCACCCCCCUGCUGAAAAACAGACACUUUCUACAUCCACAGAAGAAGAAACCUUAAAACAGACGGUGGAGGAGCUGACUACUCAGAACGAAGAGAUCUUAUCCCAGCUGAAGAUGAAGGAGAACAUAAUUCAAGACCUGGAAGAAAUGGUCUCUAUGCUGUCGGAAGAACGGGAUAAAUUGCAAGACCAGCUCAAGCGCAAACAAGAUGAAGUGCAAAAAUUGAUUGAUGAGAAAACAAAAGAAAUUGAGAUGUUGAUGGUGGAGAAGGAAAGAGAAGCACUUUUACUUAAAGAGAACAAAAGCAAGCAGGUGGAAGGUUUGAGAACACAAAUGGACAAUAAGAUAAAACAUCUAAAUGAGGAAAGAGAAAAGCUGGAAGAAAGCCUAAAGGAGAAGAUGUCAAUUCACGAGGAGACGGUUUCCAAUUUGGAGCUGAGAAUCAAGCAGCUCUCCACAGAGAAGGAUGAGCUCCAUCAGAAAUGGGAGGAGGCUUUAUCAGAAAUCUCCAAGCUUCAGAAAGACGGGGAGCUUCUGGCCUCCAAGCUGGCAAACCUGGAGGCUCAGCUGGAGGAGAGAGGAGCUGAAAAGGAACAACUAGAGGAGAGGUUAAGGUCAGUCAUGGAGGAGGCAGACAAAGCCAGCGCUUCUGUGAAGCUGCUGGAGGAAGGUCAAUCUGAAGCGCUCAACAAGUCUACCGAGGAGCUUGAAGAGCUCCGAGUACGUGUCGAUGAGCUCCAAAAGGAGAGAAAUAUGUUGAAGAGAAACCUUGGAGAGUUGGAAACUGAGAAAAGAGGAGGGGAGAUGCAAACAGACUUGGAGGCUCACAUCAGAGACCUGGAAAAGGAGCGGAACAUGUUGAGAGGGAAUCUGGAGGAGGUAGUAAAAGAUGUAGAGGGACUGCAGAGAGAUCUCCAAGAUAUGAAGUCAGUUAAUGAGAAGAUUCAUGAUGAGAACCAGAAACUCCAGGCUCAAAUUUCUCAGGCUCAGGAAGAGAAGGAGCAAUGGGAAACCCAGCUGGCAGAGAAGGACUCUCUGGUAGCCCAGCUAAGAAGUGAAAUAACCGCCCUCCAGGAAUCUAAUUCCCAGUCUGCUACCUCAGAGGAAAACGAAGCCAACGAGACGAGCAAGAAAUUAGGUCUCCUCGAAAACCAAAUCAAAGAAAAGGACGAGAGGAUCAACAAAAUCAAGGCAGUCGCAGUUAAAGCAAAGAAGGAGCUGGACAACAGCAAGAAGGAGAUCGUUACCCUCAAGGAGGAAGUAGCAUCACUAAAAGCUGAGCGAGAAAAAAACAACAGUUCAAUGAAAGAUAUCAUUCAUGGAGCUGAAGGAUAUAAGAACCUGCAGAUAGAUUACGACAGGCAGACCGAGCUACUGGAUAAGGAGAGGGAGAAGGUGGAGGCUGCAGAGAGACAGAUUGCUGAGCUGACCAAGCGACUCAGCAGUGCUGUCACACAGAAGGAAACGCUGAGCAGUGAGAAGGAGGAUCUCCUGGCCGGGGUGGAGACCAUGAGGAGCACAGUGAAGCAGCUGGAGGCCAAGAAUCAGGAGCUGCAGAAACAGCUAGCAAGCCUGGAUAGAGACCUGCUGGCUGAAAGAGCCAUGAAAGAACAGAAGCUGAAGGACCUGUCAUCUGCCACGAAGGAAGUGGAGGAGCUGACAGCUCAGCUCCACAAGCAGCAGCAGCAGUCUCAGCAGACCGCCCAGGAGCUGGAACAGCUACGCAAAGAGGCACAGCAGAGCUCCCUGCUGGACAUGGAGAUGGCCGACUACGAACGUCUGGUGAAAGAACUAAAUGGAAAACUGACAGAGAAAGAUGAGUGUGUGGAGGAGCUGAAAGCCCAGAUUAACACCCUCAGCCAGACGCAGGAGACCCACAAACAGGAGAUUGAGAGUUUGAAGUCUCAGCUGGACCAGGAGGAAGAGAAAACUAUGAAGAUAAAGCAGCUGCUGGUGAAAACCAAGAAAGAUUUGGCAGAUGCCAAAAAACAGGAGAGCUCCCUCAUGAUGCAGCAGGCGUCUCUGAAAGGAGAGCUGGAAGCGAACCAACAGCAGCUCGAAAGCUCCAAGAUUGAGAUGUGUGAGCUGACAGCCGAGCGCCACCGCCUGCAGGAGCAGCUGAAGUCUGCUUUGGAGCAGCAGCAGAGAACCAGCAGCUCCCUGCAGCAGCGCAUCCAAAGCCUGCAGCAGGAAAGGGACACUGCAAAGGCUGAGCUUGUGGCCACGACCAGUGAGUUUGAGGGUUACAAGGUGCGAGUCCACAACGUGCUCAAACAACAGAAGAGUAAAAGCAGCACCCAGCCAGAAGGAGACUCUGGCAAACUGGAGAGGGAGCAGUUGGCCUCUCAGGUUGAGCAGCUGAGGAGCAGACUGUCUGAGAGCCAGCAGAGCCUCCAGAGCAGCAUCGCCGAGCUGCAGCAGCUCCAGAAUGAACAUGACACCCUCCUGGAGCGACACAACAAAAUUCUGCAGGAAAACGUUACCAAAGAGGCCGAGCUCCGUGAAAGGGUUUUGACUUUGCAGUCAGAGAAUGUGUCCUUAAGGUCAGACCUGUCCCAGGCUCAGGCUGACCUGUCGUCCCAAGUUGAGACCCAGCGGCAAACUUACCGGGAGCAGCUGAGGAAGCUACAGGAUGACCACCGGGCCACCGUGGAGAUGCUUCAGGGACAGCUGAGCCGUGUGGAGGAGCAGCUUUUCAACCUGCAGAGCCAAAACGUGUCGGCUCAGUCCAGCCGUAAGGCCCUGGCAUCAGAACUUCAGCGGAGAAACACUGAUCAGAACCAAGCAGGGUCAACAAUGGCUUUCAAUGAGCUUCAAUCAAUGGCCAGGGAGGAGGGAGAAGGCAUGGAGACCACUGAGACGGAGAGAUCUUCCCCUAAACUCCCCCCUCUGCCCUCUUUGGAGCAGCUACUCACUUCCCCAGAUCCUAAACAAGAGCCGUUUGUGUGGACGGUGGAGCCGACCAAAGAAGAGCUGAUUGAGAAGCUGAGCACUGUCACCCGCAGCAUGGAGCACAUGAACGGCCUGCUGCAUGAAACUGAGGCCACUAACGCCGUCCUCAUGGAGCAGAUCACUCUGUUGAAGAGCGAAGUCAGGCGACUUGAGCGAAACCAGGAGAGGGAGAAGAGUGUGGCCAAUCUGGAGUAUCUGAAGAACGUCCUGCUGCAGUUCAUCUUCCUGCGCUCUGGCAGCGAGAGGCAGGCGCUGCUGCCUGUCAUUCACACCAUGUUGCAGCUCAGUCCAGAGGAGAAGAGCAAACUGGCUGCUAUCGCUCAAGGUGAGGAGGAGGGAGCCGCUUCCCGGGGCUCAGGGUGGACCUCCUACCUACACAGCUGGUCUGGGAUCAGAUAGACUUGGUGACCAGCCAUCCAU